AUGGCUGUUCCCAGUGCUGGCUUUCGGAUCGUGACGGUGUCUUUAAUCACCACCUUGAUUGGAAGAGCCAGGGCGAUGGAUGGCAUCGAAGUGACGGUGAACUCGUGGGAAAAACGCUGGGGAAUCGACGGCUACUUCAAGCUUGCUCGAGGUAUCAACGCUUGCGGCGUCGCUGACGAUCCGACGGGCGUCAUCGUCAAA